CCCGAAUGGAUCAUGGAUGUACAAUAUACGGACUUGUAGAGUGACACAAUUACACAAACCUCCCAUUCAAGUUUUAUCGAUGACUUUACUGAUCUUCUCUUCCAAAUCAUUACUAGGGUGGACAUGGAAAAACUACAGCAGCAGCCCUCGUGGAAGAAGUUAAGGUGGUCGUACAGGAACGCGACAAUUUUGGUCUCUUCGCUCAACCUUAUCGCCGCCCUUUUCCUGCUUCAAAAUUUCUUCUUUUCUGCUUCCCCUUCCACCAAAUCUACGUCAGUUGAAAGGUAUAUUAAGGAAUCUGAAGAGAUUCGUCUUGCAAUGUUGCCUGUGGAUCUAAUUAAAAGAGUGAAGGAAAUUGAAAAUGAAGCAUACACUGAAGCAGAACCAGCUGAACAUAAGGAUGCAAAGCAAGGUGCUGCAGUAAACCUGGUAUCUAGGAUAAACAACUUCCGUUCUUAUUCUGAUGCUAGCGGCAUAAAAGCUCUUGAAGAGUGGCGUAAACGGAAGAUGGAGCGGGCCAAGAAACGGGAACUUGGGAAGAAUGAUACAAGCAUCUGACCGUGUUCCUCUGAGACUAAAGAUUAUUAUUUCAUCAUUUCGCUUGUAUUCCCAUGCCCUGGUAAUGUGCAAAACAUGAAGUCAGAGCAUCAAGAAAUGAAAUGCUGCAGUACUUGUUUAACCAUACCAUAUUUCAAGUGUGGGAUACUCAAACUAUGAAAUUAAGUCAAAAUGAUUAUUACUUCGUGAUUGCGCUUAAACGGCAUUCUGGGUUAGAUAUUGUUCUGUUCACCUUGUUUUUGUUUAUUACUUAGCAUUAGUUCUAGUCAGAAUAGAACAUUCAAAGACUCUAAUAACUAAAUAAAAUGAAUCAAAG